UCUUGUUGAAUAGAAAACCUAAUCCCUUUCGUUUUGCCCUCAAUUGUUAUUGAUACUUAUUUUAUCGAGCAAUAAACAGAGCGAAUUAACUCCAUGGGUUCCAAAUCCAAGAGCGAUAACCCCCUCAGUGGAGAUGGAGCUAGCCCCGGGAAGAUAUUUAUCGGCGGAUUGGCCAAAGAUACUACUUUUCCUCAAUUUAAUAAGCACUUUGGAAAGUAUGGGGAGAUAAUCGAUUCUGUAAUUAUGAAAGACCGAUACACAGGCCAGCCUCGAGGUUUUGGAUUUAUUACAUAUGCUGAUCCAUCUGUUGUGGACAAGGUCAUUGAGGAAGAUCAUAUCAUCAACGGAAAGCAGGUUGAGAUAAAGAGGACAAUUCCUAAAGGCUCUAGUCAGUCAAAGGAUUUUAAGACAAAAAAGAUAUUUGUUGGUGGUAUACCAUCCUCAACCACAGAAGUUGAAUUUAGGAAUUUCUUCUCCAAGUAUGGAAAUGUGAUCGAGCACCAGAUUAUCCGUGAUCAUGCAACCAAUAGGUCUCGUGGAUUUGGCUUUAUAAUUUUUGAAAGUGAAGAGGUUGUAGAUGAUAUGUUAUCAAAAGGAAAUAUGAUUGAUAUGGCAGGUACCCAGGUGGAGAUCAAGAAAGCUGAACCAAAGAAAUCCUCAAACCCACCACCUGCUCCUUCAUAUGGUAGCAAUUCUAGGGGCCGUUCUUACGAUGAUGGUUUUGGUGGAUAUAGUGGGUCAUAUGGGGGUUUUGAUGGAGGGUUUGGUCCUGGUCCUUAUAGAACACACGGGAGUCUUGGUGGUAGACUUGGUGGUGGUUAUGGUUAUGGUAGCGGUGGUGGUGAAUUUGGUGGAGGUUAUGGCGGUUUUGGAGGGAGUAGCUUAGGAGGCUACCGAGGUGAAUCUUCCCUUGGUUAUUCUGGCCGCUUUGGUUACGUUGGUAGUUUUGGUGGGGGUUAUGGUGGAAGUGGUGUAGGUGGCUAUGGUCGAGGAGCUGAUGGUUAUGGUGGUUAUGCAGGUUCAGGUUAUGGUGGUGGUUAUGAAUCUGGUCCUGGUGCUAGUUAUGGAGCAGGUGGGAUUUAUGGAAGGGGGGGCUAUAGUAGCAGUAGUCGAUACCAUCCAUAUGCAAGAUAGAAUGGAGACGUUGUGAUGAAGUUGCUUAAUGUUUGCCAUAGAAGUUCCAUUCAGGCUUUAGAUCUGCACUGUGCAUCACUAGGCACUUUCUCACAAGUACUAGAAGCUUCUACUUAUAGCAUGUGGGAAAGGCUUUCAAGAUCAGAGGACAUAUCAUGUUAGACUAUUGUUCUAUUGUACGGUUUAGAAAACCUUCAUAUACGUGUGUGAUUGCCUUGUUCUAGUCUAUUGUUAUUUGAUUUAUUAUGUAGACUAUAGCAAGAUAUUCUGGACUUCUCUAGUUAGAUAUUUUUUUCCCCUUAGUU